AUGAUCAAACAGACCAGCCUCAGGUGCCGCCUCCACGUCCCAGAGGACGUGGUUGCUGAUACGGGUCUGUGCCAGCGCUUGCGCCUGGCUGGCUGGUCCAUCGGGGUGGAUUUUGCCAGCGCCGAUUGGAUCUGUCUCCCCUCUGAAUAUGAGGCGCACCCCCGAGUAUCUGUCUCCUCUCAAGCCAAGCCAAAGGGCUGCACGCCGUUUGUACCUCUGACCCUGGUUCGAGCACUUCUGGCCCGCAAGUCUGUUGCCGCGCUGAGCGCGUGUCUCAAUGGCCCCCAGAAGCUUCAGCAGGGCCGUUUCGCCAAUCUGGCUCGGAGCAUGGCCCUUUCAUUGGCUUCCGUGGAAGAAUGUCAACCUCUUGAUGCCCUACCGGACCAAUGGUCCGCCAUUAUGGUGCACGAAACCGUUUCCUCGGCCGACAAGGCGGCAUUGCAACAGCUUCUACCACUGCUUGCUCAAACCAAGACCAUCACCUGGGUUCAAGAACCCGAGCAGGCCACCCUCGUGAUCCUUGGCCCCAACACGCCAGCUGAGACGCGCCGCGUACACCAGCGCAACUCGCACUGCCAGUUGGCAACUGUGCGCUUUGUCGUUGCGUAUGCGUUGGGCUGGGCACGUGAAUCCGACCUCGACUCACCCCAUUUUCAUCCCGUGGGCAAUCUUGACACAAUGGGUCCCAUCAACACCGCUACUUCAUCUGCCUCCAGUGUCAAUGCAUCAGCAAGCACUCCUGUGGCUCCUGGGCUGCGCUCGCAUCAGGCUACUUUGGCUCCACGCCCUCGAUCCCCAGAGCCCAGCACUGGGAGUCUAGAAUCGCAAUCGCAAUCGCAAUCGCAAUCGCAAUCGCAAUCGCAGUCGCAGUCGCAGUCGCAGUCGCAGUCAGAGACAGGGGAGCAUGCUGCCAAGGUGGCACAUCGUUCGCCUCUAGAAUCGCCGUUGCGACUAUCGCCCCGGCGCCGCACACACAAGGCCUUGGAAGCCAUGGGCCCUUUGUCUCCCCACGUCAUGCCUGAAAAUGCGUUUUCGCGGCUGCGUGCCUUGGCUGUGGAUGAGACCUUGCCUAAAGUGAAGGCAGAUCUCCUCAAAUUGGUUUCCAACACCGUAUUGCCGGAUGACACUGAUGAUCCCCUUCGCUGCGUCGAUGCAUUUUGCUCGUUGGGCACAACACACCAUGUUCUUCCACCCUCACACGUGGGCACUUUGUUGCGCAUGCUCAAGUACUUGGAUCAGAGUGAUGAGCGAACCGGGCCUUGGGCUGCUGCUAUCCUCGCCGCACAAGUCGGCCACUGUGAACGCAACCAACUUGCAGGCUGGGAAACCAGCUUUUUCAACGAGCAGCGCUCCCCGUCGGAGCUCACUACCUCCAACAUGAUGCGCGACUACGAAGAUUGUUUGCUACUGGCGCUGGAGCAGGAACUGGGAGGCGAGCCAUUGAUAGACUAUUGUCUCGCGCUUGGCGAAGCCGUCAUCUCCAGGACACAGACGACUCUAUCAGAAUUCAGUCACAAAUUCAAGAUGGCCAUCAUCGAUCAAACUAUAGAUGCGGCCUUGGGCGCAGAUUUGGCUCGACUGCGUCGUCUUCAACGGGCACUCACACUCAUGCUCCUUCGUCAACCAGCAUCCCAGGUUCAGCACUUGGCCAUGGAGCUGUGGCUGAAGAUCGAGCUCGAGUCCAAUGCCACACCAAAAGACCAUGCCUGUGUCUGCACCACGAAAAACACACCCCACCAGCAAAACUUUGUUCAGCAGAUUCACCUCGACGAAUGGUAUUCAUACUAUGCUCUCUUGUCGCCACGGGAGACUCGGGCUUCCAUUGGCACCGGACCGGGAUCAGUGAUUGGGACGAUGCGGCAGACAUGGACAACGCUGGCUCGUGCGGCCUUGCAGCUGGGCUUGUCCAAGGCACUGUCCGUGAAGAAGGCAUGCAAGCAUAUGCGGGAGCGCGACACGCCAUGGAUGAAGAGCUUUGAGCCCGACCUGCUGUUGUUGGAUAAAAUGGCCUCGGUCAUUGUGCUGAGGACAGAUCGGGGCAACACCGCUUCUGGCGAUCAAGCUACUCCGCACAGAAAGCCUGCAGCCGCUCGUGCCCUCUGA